CUUUGUUUAUGCAUGGCGGUUGGCUAAACAGUUUUGAGGGGCCCGCUUCUAUAUUUUGGCAAGGGUCCAAUAGACUUUGCCGCUUCUUUUGGGGAAUGCCAUCGGUAGAGUGAUUGUGGCUCACUUGCAGAAGCCGGCCCGGGCUAAAGUCAGAGUCCCUAAGUCAACGGCCUGGAGGUCUGACAAUGAGCUUGUGGAAGAAGUGAGAGAGAAGCUGGCCACAGGCUACGAGGGCGUACGACAGAUGUUCAAGGCUAAAGACCCGUAUGGUGACUCCAUUGUGACGAGGGAAGGCUUGUUUCACAUUGUGAAGUCUCUUGUGGGACAUCUGUCCCGGGAACAGUAUGACUCCUUCUUGAAGACAAUCUGCCUUCACUGGAGAUCUAGCGUCAGCUUUGAUGAGUUCAUUGUCCGUUUCCGUGACGACCCGUCUGUUGCAAUGCACUCUGUCGCAGAAUUAAGCAAACGGCAAUAUCCGAAACCGGUACAUUUAGAGGAAAACCUGCGAAGUCAAGACAUGCUGGAGUGGUGUCCCUUUACCAGUGCCCCCCACGCUUUUGUCAUGUUCAGGAAGAAACUUCAGAAAGGGGAAGUGAACAUUCGAGAUCUGCUUCCUGCAGCAUGUUUUGUGAACGAUGGACGAGUUAUCAAACCUCAGCUGCGAGAAGCCCUGGCCCAAGUAGACAUGAGGCUGACUGAUAAUGAGUUUGACCAUAUAUGGCUCAAGUUUGACCCUGACAAUAAUGGCACUGUCCCCACAAAGAGACUGUACAAAACUCUGGAACUGUCACCAAACGGCCUCCCAAAGUCUGACCCCAGGUCUGUCCGAAGUGCACACCACUCCAGAAAAGCCACAAAAGGAAGUGAUUCCGUGCAGAAACGUUGCAAAACUGAGAUGCAAGUAACAUCAACAACCAGACAGAGUACAUCUCUUUCUAAAGUGGAUUCUGUUGAGAUCACGGGCAGUAAAGCACGAGUCCUUGGCUCUCAGAAAGGAGCCCGGAGGCCGGAGACCUCAAAAAGCCAGCAGAAGGUCACCACAGAGGUCACCACCACCGAAGAAACAGAGACAACGACAACGACAAAGACAAAGAAAACAACGACUGAGAAGAGAGAAGAGCAGCUUGUCGAUGAUGCCAAAUUGUCUUCUCAUGUGCGAUCUCUGAUUCAAGCCAAAAAAGCUCCCCCCCAGUUUGAGACUGUUAUGGACAGUCUGCAUUAUAAAGCUGUUGAUUGUUCUCAUGUUCAGUUUGAAGAGACAUAUCGCAACCUUCAGUCUGCUUUCAAACUGUUUGACUUCAUGAGUGACGGGUACGUCGCGAGGAUCGACUUCCGUCGCGUCCUGAGAGAGUUUGGCUAUGACAUCGCGGCGGUCGAUCUGGACGCCUUCCUGGGGCGGGCCGGCAUCGGUGUUGUGCAAGGCUUGAUCAACUACAACCAGUUCUUGCAGAAGUUCCAGUCUCACAGCGAUUCCAGUGUCUCUACGAAAGCGAUUGCUAGGAACAGAAAUGGCAUGACAGAGCAGCAGAAGCGUAUUGAGACGGAGGAAACACUGCGAGCAGAAGACAUGGAGCAACGUGUGGUCAACUUUUUCCACCCAGACUACAUACGUCUGCUCAAUAUGCUUAAGCAAAGAGACUCCAACAACACCGGAGUUGUUCCAGCACAAGAGUUACGAAAUGCUGUUGACGCAGUCCUGAAUAUACGCAUGAGCAACGCACAAUUUGACGAGCUGAUUCAGCGUCUAAGUUACAAUGCAGCCAAUGGCAGCCCAGCGAUCGACUACAACUCCUUCCUGGAAUUGUUCAAUUCAGAGCCUGGUCACUGGAACAGACGCCAGAAUGGCCAAUGGAUGUCGCAGAAGUACCAACUUGGUGAUGUAGCACCCGCCAGUGCGGUGAUGCGUCUGCAGGAAAAAGCCAAAACUUGGAUGGCACCUGCUCCCGACAGAGACGCAGCUGCUAAUAGCAAAGUGGCAGAGAUUCGAAAGGAACUCAGUAAACUCUUCACAGACAGGUUCCAUGUCUUCGACAAGAACUUCCAAGACAUGGACAGACGCCAUUCGGGUCACAUGAGCAAGUGGCAGUUUGGAGCCUUGAUCAAGCUCUGCGGUAUCACUCUAACGGUCAAGGAUCUGGACCACCUGUGGGCUACACUGGACACUGCAGCAGACAACACGCUGAGCUACGCCACAUUGGUCAAGACAUUCGGUAGUGGUCAGCAGAAACAUCAGCCAUCAGUAGCAGAAAAACCGUCUACGGCAAAGUCCCAGAAGAAAUCUGCCAAUGUCAAUGGGGUCAACAAACAGAAGACGUCGCCUGUCGUUGUGGUGGUGGAGCAGCCGCAGCUGGUCACAGGAAGUGCCAAAGAAAGACGUUUCACCGAGCUCCUCAACAAGGUCAAGGAUGAUGUCCUGUCUCGAUGGGAUGUGAUCUACUCCAUGUUCCUCAGCUUGGACAGAGAUGGUUACGCGUCAGUGUCGAUACAAGACAUGCGGGAUAUUGCUUACAAGAUGAACUUCCCACUGAACAAAACAGAGAGAGGGGAACUGUGCAACUUUUUUGACCUUCAUGCCAAUGGCUGGUUCCACUACCUGUCUUUCCUGCAAGCUGUGAAGAAACUGGUGCCAGACCAGGGAGUCAGUCCUUGUGUCUAUGACAUUCAUACUAAGCGACUUCACAGGAAGGCUGGACCCACAUCCAUGGCUAUCACUCUCUUUGAUUUCUUGGUUGAGCUCAAAGGAAUUCUUUUGAAGAGAUUCAAAACUCUCCGAGGCUCGUUCAAAUUUUUCGACCUCAAUCACAAUGGCUACAUCGAAGAGGAAGAGCUGAGGAAGUCCUUCAACCAGCUAGGCUACAAUCUAUGCAACCAAGACUUCUUGGACCUCAUGCAAGUGUUUGACCGUAGCCAGGGGCACCGGUUGUCCUUCGAGGACUUCAAGACAACACUGUUGACUUUAUAAAGAUUUGUGAAGCGUGCUUACAAAAUGAGUAGCUUCUUGGAUUCGAGUCCAAUGGAAAUAGGUAUACCACGCUUAAAGGUGAAGUUUUUACUAUUUUUAAGUAUGAAAAAGUAAAAAGCAUUUUAUACUUAGAGAAAAUG